CACCCACAACAGCCAGGAUUGGGUGUGGCUGAAGCCGGGAGCUGGGAACUCAAUCCAGGUCUCCCAUGUGGGUGGCAGAGACCCAACUAUGUGAGCCAUCGCCUGCUGCCUCUCGGGGUGCACAUGAGCAGGAAGCUGGCGUCAGAAGCCAGAACUAGCACUUGAACCUGGGCACUCCCAUAAGGGACCUGGGCAUCUCAAGCAGUGUCUUCACCUCUAGGCCGAACGCCCGCCCCUUCCACGAGGCUGGCAUUCUGGUGUGGGCGCCGUCUGGGGCACACUGCGAGCUUAGGGGCGGAUGUGCUACUUACACAGAGCAGUCAGUCCAGGCCCUUCAGACAAGGUGCCAUCUUAGCCAAGACUGAAGCGAAGCAUUCGGAGAAGGGCAUCCCAGAAGGAAACGUGCUGGCCCCAGAGCCUGUGCCCCUAACCACUGCAUAUGGGGCUCAACAUGAGGACCCACUGCAGCCCCUAAGAUCCCGGAGUCAGUGCAGAAGACAAGCAGGCCACAUCAUCCACGCAGAGAAAUCUGGAGUCGUCUCCCACGGUUCCCACCUUCUUCCUGUCUACCCUCCAGGAAGCCAAAAUGAACGGAUCCCCUAUUUUAAUCCCAACAGUUCUUGGAGACCCUCCCCCUCCCCACGACCAGCCUGCCAGACCCUCCCCCCUGCAAAGAGUGGGAUGAACUGUUCGCAAAUCCCCCUAAUCCUUCAGCGUCUCCGUCUCCUUCUCACACAGCGCCAAGCCCCGGCAGCCGGGAGACCACGCACAGCCCGCCCGGCGCCCACCCAGCCUCACCCAUGGGGAACAGCAAGAGCGGGGCGCUGUCCAAGGAGAUCCUGGAGGACCUGCAGCUGAACACCAAGUUCACGGAGGAAGAGCUGUGCACCUGGUACCAAUCCUUCCUGAAGGAGUGCCCCAGCGGCCGCAUCACCCGGCAGGAGUUUGAGAGCAUCUACGCCAAGUUCUUCCCCGACGCCGACCCCAAGGCCUAUGCCCAGCACGUGUUCCGCAGCUUUGACGCCAACAGCGAUGGCACGCUGGACUUCAAGGAGUACGUGAUCGCCCUGCACAUGACCACGGCGGGAAAGCCCAGCCAGAAGCUGGAGUGGGCCUUCUCCCUGUACGACGUGGACGGCAACGGCGCCAUCAGCAAGAACGAAGUGUUGGAGAUCGUCAUGGCUAUUUUCAAAAUGAUCAAUCCUGAGGACGUAAAGCACCUGCCAGAUGACGAGAACACGCCCGAGAAGCGGACCGAAAAGAUCUGGGGUUUCUUCGGAAAGAAAGACGAUGAUAAACUUACAGAGGAAGAAUUCAUUGAAGGAACCAUGGCCAAUAAGGAAAUCCUGCGACUGAUCCAGUUUGAGCCUCAAAAAGUGAAGGAAAGGAUAAAAGAAAAGAAGCAAUGAUGCCAACUGCUCAGCCCUGCUCGCUGCCCCCACGGCUCACAUACACACCCACGAAAGCACACACACACUUGUAUGCACCUGUGCACACACACACCCAGGGCCAGGAGACUGGCCCCCAGCCCCACAGCCCAGCUCCCUGCCAAACUGAAAUGUCGUUGGCCAUCCUCGUUCCCUCUGUGGUUAGUGUCCCUCUGGCCACACUCACCUGCCUGGCCCUUCUCCGGCCCCACAGCCCAUGGCCCCCUGAUAAUCCCAGGAUUAGUAUCUAGGAGCCCUAAAGGUCACCCCGUGUAAGCUCCUUUGUGGAUUGCUGGGUAAGCAGCUUCCAAUAAACGCAAAAGGCCCUGGGCACACGGCUGCUGCUCAUUCUUGAACUGCAGAAGCAAAUGGCUCGGUGGGCUUGACCUCAGGGACAAGGUGCACCUGCACUGUAGUCCUGGGGUGCUUGAAUGGGACCCAGGCCCUCCCGGUCAGAGGGGAGGAGAGGUUGUGAUGGAGUUACCAUGGAGACGGGCAGACUGUGGGAAGGCAUGCCAGCGGGGGCUGACUUGUCCAGGGAAGAUCAGGGAUGAGGGUCCUGAUGGAAGGAUGUUAAAUUCAGACCCAGUGGCCUGUGGCGGGGGACAGAGCCAGGUAGGGAAGCCGUGUCUCAGACAGUGGCCAACACCGAGUGUAAUGGCAAGAGAGAGCAUCUGAGCUCCAGGACCGUGAGCGGGCUGCGGUGGCCAGAGGCAGAGGGAGAAGGAGGGCUGCGUGAGCUGAGCCUGAAGGGUCAGUGGGGGCCCGAAGGUGCAGGACUUCCUGCAGCCCACAGGAAGCACUUGCAGGUAGUGAGGCCACGCUGGGGUUGGAGUUAGGAGGGAAUCUACGCUUGUACGGAGGUCCUGGCGGAGUGGAAAUAAGUCAAGGGCAAGACCGGGAGCAGGGUGCCUAUUGCUGGAGCACUGGGGCCAGGACAGCAGUGGGGUAGAGAGAGGACGGACUCAGUAAGGUCAAGCUAAGG